GAACUUCAAUCACUGUCACCUCACCACAGCAGUCGGACUACCACCUUCUGACACAGAUAAUCAGCAGGAUUUACAAAGAUGAGGAUAUACUCGUACAUCAAGUCAAUAACAAUCCUCUUGCUGGGAGUUAUUUGUCUGUUGAUCCUUAUUUUCAACAAAAAUCAUAAUGAUGUCCUAUCUGCCUAUCUCCAAAUCAAGAUGAAGAAUCUUGAGAAAAACCUUGACCCUGACCGUACUGACAGUGAGAAGAUGCCUCCCAGUGAUAAGCCCUAUGUAUAUAACUGGGAACCCUGCAAGCAAAAUAUGUCGGCACAGCACAUCGCAAACUUCAAAACUCUUCCGAAAAUCAUUCAGCACUUUCUUUACUACCGUCACUGUCGUCAUUUUCCCAUGCUGCUGGAUGUUCCUAACAAAUGUGGAGGAGCCAACAGGUCUUCUGAUGUAUUUCUUCUGUUGGUUAUCAAAAGCUCCCCCCCGAAUUACGAGAGACGGGAGGUGCUACGCAAAACCUGGGCGAAAGAGAGAUUACAGAAUGGUGUGUGGAUCAGACGGAUCUUCAUCUCAGGAACCUCAGAUGUUGGUUUUGAGAAUGUGAGGCUGAACAAGCUCCUCAAGCUGGAACAUCAAGAGUACAAUGACAUUCUUCAGUGGGACUUUUACGACUCCUUCUUUAACCUCACCUUGAAGCAGAUCCUCUUCCUGGAAUGGAUGGAAAGAAACUGUCCACACGCCCGCUUUCUCCUGAAUGGUGAUGAUGAUGUCUUUGCCAACACGGACAACAUGGUGGAUUUUCUCCAAGGUCUCAAAGACAAUAAUGGAGACAAACACCUAUAUAUAGGUCACCUGAUUCAGUAUGUGGGACCAAUUAGAGAUAAAUGGAGCAAAUACUAUGUACCAGUUCAGGUGUACGAGUCAGAGUCAUACCCUCCCUACUGUGGAGGUGGAGGCUUCCUCCUGUCUGGUUACACAGCUAUGGUCAUAUACUCUAUGUCUCAUUCCAUCGAGCUUCUUCCCAUUGAUGAUGUCUAUUUGGGGAUGUGUUUAAAGAAAGCAGGACUUUCACCAGUUUCCCAUAUGGGUGUAAAGACAGCAGGACUCCGCAUUCCCUCAAAAAAAGAAGAUCAAUAUCACCCCUGCUACUACAAGGAAAUUCUUCUUGUGCACAGAUUCCUUCCACUUCAGAUAUACAUUAUGUGGCAGAGAGUACAUGAAGCUAAUCUGAAUUGUUCUUUUUCAAAGACAGUGCUUUUAAAAAAACGCCACCAUUGAGGUCAUGUUAAAAAGCUAUGUGCAUGCAUGCUGGGUUUUUUACUUGUCAGUGUUGAAGUUAAAUUAUAAUGUUUCCCUUGCAAGUGGUGUGUUGCUUUUCAGUUCUCAAUCAGUAAAACCAGUGGGUUCUAUAUAAGAAAAAACAGACACAUAUAGUACAUUAGUAAUGAACGAGUGCACGCACAGACCCUAAGAUGACUGCACUUUUGGAAUGUGAAGCUCAUAAUCUGACAUAGAUGUACAUUGCUGAACUGCUGAGGAGGUGCCAGUGUUCACCAGGUGGCAGCACAACAUGUGAUGUGUUACUUUUCAUGGACACUUUUGAACAAUGCUCAAAACAUGGACGCUUCCGAAAGUUUAAUUGAAGCAAGUGUGACCGGAGGACCUAACUUUCUGGCCGGGACGGCGGUGGGAUUCGAAGGGUGCCGAAGGGAACUGAAGACCAAAACUCUACCAAGUCAGCCAAAGGGGAAUUCCCUGUUAGCCAAGCAAGCAGGAACAUCUUUUCAAUCUGGACUUCACCUUGCUACACAAGAUAAGGGAACUGCUCAAGGUAUUCCCUUAUCAGUAUUAUCCCAGACUGAUGAGGUCACUUUGAUCAGUGGGGAAACAUUUCUCAGCUAAACAAGUACAGUUGCCUGCCUCAGCUAAACUUUUCGGAAGCUUCUGAUCUUCGUCUGGAUGACUGAGAACCUAAACAGAGUCAAAACAGGGAUGAUUGAAAUGAUUCAAAAUGAGAUUUAACUCCGCGGACUUUCGAGCCAGCUGUCAGCCAUCUUUGUACUCCUCAUAGAAGCUGUGUGAUGACGUGGGCAAUGUGAGUGUCCAAUCGGAAUUGGUUCACCGUCAUGUGGUUUUCCAAAAU